UUUUGAAAUUAAUUUGAUUUAAACUGUCAGAUUCUCACUUAUAAGCCCUCAAGGGAGACAGUACUGCUUUAAAAAAUGUUGAAUGAAAUUUUAUUAUCGCCACAUUUUUUGUUUCAAAACACAGUGCGAUAUAUUUAACUUAACUGACGAUCCUCUUUGUUAAUCUUCUAUAAUUCUUGUACACGUACUGUAGCACUUCUUGCACCCUGACAGGAACUGAGAAGUGAGCACCCACACAGGAAAUGUGGUCAAGGUCUGUCCCGGAUGUUGGUUGCAUGACGUGAAUAGAAUAAUGAAGAGAUAGACAGUGGAGGAUAGAAACAAAGUGUAACAGAGAGAGGGAGAAAUAACUGAAGGUGAGAAAGAGUAGGCAGAAAAUAACAAGAUUUGAGGUGAGAUAUUAUAACACCCCCACUACAAACAUGGACAAUGUUUUGUUGUUGACCUUCUGUUGCUGGCCUUGGUGUUGUCAGGAGAGAUGCCCUUGGUUUGUUUUGACAACAUGCAGUUCAAAUUUUGACUCUUUCACUGUUUUAUCCUUUGCCCAGAGUCACAGUGCAGUCUGCCGAUAAAAUGAUAAAACACAGGACGCACGACUGUUAAACUGCUCACCAGAAGCAACCCCUGAACCCCACCCUCUGCCUCCCGCUUAAUCCACGGCGUACACCUCUAUCUCUCUUUCUCUCUUGCUCACUUGCUCGGCUGAUUUUUCUGUGACUGCGGUCAGGAAGUACAAACAUGCUUUUGUGACAUUUCACUUAAAGUCUUUUGCACUGCACAUCUGCAAUGCUACACCAAGAAGGUUCACAAAAUUGACAUAUGAGCAGUGCAGGCUACAAAACAGACAAGCAUCUUCUCCGAACUGGAUUAUGUUGACAUACAAGUGAUCUGUGAAUGGCACUAUUGGAGGUUGUGACAUGCUUCGGGAUUUCACGUUCAUGGAAUCUUACAAAAUGAUCGUCCUUCUUACAGCAGAGGAGGACAUUUUGUAGCCAGACAACGUUUACAGCCACAACCCCUUUUACUGAAACUCAGCUACGGAACUGACUGAGAUACAUGCUAAUGGAGGAGGAAAGCUUGUGCUCCUCUCUGCCAGAUAUUACGGAUUCAGUCCUUCAACAGCCUCAACAAGACUCAUGGAUCUCAAUAGACCACCAGUACAUUAAUGGAGAACAGCAGGCCAUUGUGUGGGGCGAGACAGAGGUUCAGAUAAACCAGGCACAUGGGACAGAUCAACUCCCUUUCUCUGAGGAGCCUGAACUGUGGGAGCAAAUAAUAUGGCCGGUGACCUGUACCAGUCCUCACCUUUCCUUCGCCACAGUGCAGUGGGACAUGCCUGAUCCGUCUGCGGGGACGUCUGCACUCAUGACUGACAGUGGCUUGGCCAAUAAACUGGACUCUGGCAGUGUGACAAGUCUAGACGCAACUUCUGAGUCACUUCACCAAUCUCAAGUUGUUAAUGCUGAGCUUUUCACACUGGAGGACAGAGAGGAAGAAGAUGGGUUUCAUUCACAGUGUCUGAGCUCAAAUCUAGAGUGGACGGGAAGCUGCUCCGAGCCAUGUGAUGCUGCAAAUGUGCAAGAGCCGACGACACAGGAAAAGGAAGACACAACACAUGAGCUGUUAGACAGUAAUAACGAAAUCCCCCUGAGGACAGACUCAGAAGAAGAGGAGGGACAUUCAACAACCUCUGAUUCUGUUGAAACUGUGGACUUAAUCGACACUCUUGAAGAGAUUGAAGGCUCGGACAAUGAGGCGGACGGCUUUGUAGAUUUAAACCCAGAAGAGGAACAGGAGGAGCCCGCCAUUCUGUUGACUGGACAGGGAGACUCGGAGGAAGAGCAAACUUCAGCGAAUGUUGUUAAGAUUGAAGAGGAGGAUAAGGAGGGAGACAAGGCAGAAGAGGAGCAGGGUGUUGAGUCUUGUACUGAAGAAAGUGAAGAGGCAAAAACUGUCAGUUAUCUGAGUGAUGUGGAGGUUCCUGAUGAGCCACUACAAACCGACGAUACUGGACCAACCAUAAACCCAGAUAAGCUAAUUGAUCUUCAACAGUCAGAGCUUUCAGAGGAAAGGUGGUGCUCAAGGACUGAAGAGGACACAGAGAUACUAGAACGGUCACAUGAAGAUCCCACAGGGCAGACCGAAGCGCAGGAAAUGUGUGAAGAUGUAAGUCAGAACGUGGACCCUGAACAGUCAGAGGCCGUGGACGACAACGAAGAACCAUCGAUACAGUUGGCAGAUAAUGCAAAGAGGAUAGAUGCCUCACAAGCGAUACUAGAGCUGACUGAAAAACUGAAGGAGACAAGUUUAGAGUAUCAAGAUUGUGAUCAAACAACUUCACAAGACGCCGAGCCUGAGAGCUGUGAGUCCGAGCAGCUUGAGAUGACCAAAGAGUCGGAGCAGAACCAAGCGGAGGUGUCACAUCAAGCAGAGGAGCCACACUCCACAGACCUGUUGCCCCAUCUGGAGCAGUCGACGCAGAUGGAAUUGACAGAAGAGUCAACCCAACCUGAAAAUGCAGACCUGCCAGAGCAGUCCACUCAGUCAGAGCAGACAGUUUGUGUUGAAGCUGAAGACCCUCGAGUGGCAGAGCAGCAAGCACAGACGGAGCCAUCAGAGCAGAGUGAGCAGCCGCUGCAAACGGCCGACUCGCCUCAGCCAUCAUUCCCUGAGCAGCUCGCGGGACCAGAGAAGACGGAUGAGACCGAAAUAACACAGCAGCUGUCUCCUGAGACUGAGGUCACACAGCAGACAGCCGAGGCCGAGUUAAACCAGGUGGACAAACAGGCUGAGACAAUUCGGGAUGAAGAAGUACGAGGUAGCGAGGACUGGUCCGUACAGACAGUUGUCACAAAUGGAGAGCAACCCAAACCCCCCAAGACAGCAGUGCUUAUCAUGAACGGAGGUGAGGUGGACAUAGAGAUGGCCCGCCACCUUGCUGAGCGGCUGUACAAGUUGGAUGGGAUCCAACGUGUGGACGUGGUGAAACACUUAGACAAAGAUAAUGACUUCAGUCGAGCUGUCGGGGAGGAAUACCUCAAAUUGUUUGACUUCACCGGGCAAACUCUCGAUCAUGCCCUGAGAUCUUUCCUGAAAGUGGUGGUACUGAUAGGAGAGACCCAGGAGAGAGAACGCGUGCUGCAGCAUUUCGCCUGCCGCUUCCAUCACUGCAACCCCGACUCCUUCACCUGUUCAGGGGCUGUGUUGGCUCUUACGUGUGCUUUGAUGCUUCUCAACACUGACUUGCACGGCCAGAAUGUAGGAAAAUCCAUGUCCUCUUCUAAGUUUGUGUCCAACCUGGAUGGGAUGAAUGAAGGAGAAAACUUCAGCAAGGAUCUCUUGAAAAGUCUUUACAAUUCCAUAAAGAGUGAACCGCUGGAGUGGGCUAUUGAUGAAGAGGAAUUAAAGAGCUCUGUCUUGGUGGACGAAGAUGCAGCAGACGACGCGCCAAUGCGCUCAAAAGCCAACCCCUUCCAGGACGUCCCUCAUGACAAAAAGGCCUCUGUGGUCAAAGAGGGAUUCCUCCAAAGAAAACUCCAUGCCGACAUCGACGGCAAACGCACUCCUUGGGGGAAGAGAAGCUGGAAGACUUUCUACGGAGUGCUGAAGGGGAUGGUCCUAUACUUACAGAAGAAUGAUUACAGGAGGGAUCAGCCGGAGGAGGUGGUGAGUGUGCACCACUCUCUGGCCGAGCAGGCAGCCGACUACACCAAGAAGCCACAUGUUUUCCGCCUGCAGACGGCUGACUGGAGGGUUUUCCUAUUUCAGGCCUCAUCCAAAGUGGAGAUGAAUUCAUGGAUCAGCCGCAUUAACCUGGUUUCGGCUCUUCACUCCUCGCCUCCGUUCCCCGCCGCUGUCGGCUCUCAGAGGAGGUUCUUCAGGCCGAUCCUCCCCGCCUCGCAGUCUGCUCAAACUCUGGAUCGUCAGCUGCAGUCUCAUGCGGGAAUGCUGAAGUCUUUCAAGGCGGACCUGUUGUACCUUCAACAAAACCUACCAGAGGGAAAGAAAGCCAAAGCCAAGGAGCUGGAGGAGCAUCGCGUCAGAGCAGAAUACCUGCAGCACGAAAUGUGUCGCUAUGAGAUCUAUAUCCACGGGCUGGAGGCCUGGAAGAGCUUGAAAAAGACAGGCGACGAUGUGUUGAGCACCACAGACCUGACCCUCUUUGAUAAAGCUGUGUGCGGUGACUCUGUGGGGGAGGAAGAGAAGGAGGAAGGAGGGCUGAAAAAGUCCUACUCUAGCCCCUCUCUGGAGCUGGAGCUGGCUCCUCCGACGGUGAUCAAAGUCAGACGCAACAUCUCAGAAAGACGGACUUAUCGCAGAACCAUCAUCCCCCGAUGGAAUAAAGAGGCCUGAAACGUGUUUCCCUCAGAGGAAUUCAUUAAUUUCUGCUGUGAGCAGACGGGACUUCAGUCUUUGAGUUUGUGGAAGCACUGAGCAGAGGGGCAGACAAACACCAAAGUCAUAUGUGAAAUCUGCCUCAGCAAGUUAUUGUUUUGUUUUAGAGUUUUUCUGCAGUUUUAUCUUGUGCACUUUUACAAAAAAUAACCCGCAGUCUCUCUCAGGAUAGAGAGGGUGGAGGCCUGAUCCAUAUGUUGAGUGGCUCAAAAUGUUUGGACUUAAUUUAUUUUAUUUUUUUGAGUUAACUUUAGUCUGUAGUAGUACUAAAAAUAGUACAAAUUUGCUUACAUUUGUUACUUUUCUUUGGGCAAAAAUGUGCCUUUAAUCUGUAAACCACUAGAGGGGGCUGUAGUACAGUACAUCUCUGAGUCAAUGGACGUUUGUUUUUCAAGAAUCCGAAUUGCACUUUUAUUGUUUUUAAUAUUGUGUAUGAAAAGAAUUCAUGAUGUUGACGUCACUUACAUAUUUUUUCCAAAUGAAGGGUUAAUUUCCAAAAUGUUAUGAAGUGUUUUCUCUUUGAGGGAAAAAUAAAAUGUUACUUGAUUUUAUCAUUAAAUAUGGGUGAGGCUGUU